AUGGGUUCCGUUAACAAUGAAACCCCGGCCCUUGCCACCAACCCCAAGUUCAUCUUCUUCACCGAUUUCGACGGCACCGUCACCACCGCCGACUCCAAUGACUACAUGACGGACAACCUGGGCUACGGCGUAGAAAAGCGCCGCCAGGGCAACAAGGACGUGCUCACGGGCAAGCUGAACUUUCGCGAGUCGUUCCAGGACAUGCUGGACAGCAUCACCACGCCUUACAACGAAUGCAUUGACAUCCUGUUGCAAAAGAUUACGCUUGACCCUGGUUUCAAGGAGUUUUACGACUGGUCGCGCGAGAACAAUGUCCCCAUCGUCAUUCUCAGCGGUGGUAUGACACCUAUCAUCCGCGCCUUGCUGGACAAGCUGCUGGGUCCUGGUUGGGAUAUUCAAAUUGUCAGCAACGAUGUGAGACCCAGAGAAGGCAAGACCAUCAACGAAAAGGGUGGAUGGAGAAUUGAGUUCCACGAUGACAGCAUUCACGGUCACGACAAGUCCAUCGAGAUCCGAAAGUACUCGUCUUUGCCCAACCGACCUAUCAUGUUUUACGCUGGUGACGGUGUUUCCGAUUUGUCUGCUGCCAAGGAGACUGACUUGCUUUUCGCAAAGGCUGGCAAAGAUCUUGUGACUUGGUGCGAGAACGAAAAGGUCCCAUUUGUCACCUUUAAGGACUGGACCAGCAUUACCCAGACUGUCAAGGACAUUGCCGCAGGGAAGAUUACCGUUCAGGACGCUGCCAGAGGGCGUAUCUGA